AUGGAGGUUGCUGCUCCAGGGGUCCCUACAAACGGCCUCGCCGUGGCGACGGCACCGGUGGCAGUAGCAGACCCAAAUGCGGUCGUACGAUAUCUCACAGAUGUCCUCCAAGUAACUCUGGGGGCCAGCAAGAGAGAUCUCGAGGCUACGGGGAGUCUGCUUUCGAAAGCGAAAUAUUCAGAGACCGUGCAGAAAUGUACGCGAUUCGCUUCGGAGUCGCAGGUAGCGUUGUAUGUGCAGCAGGACAUUUUUAGUGCGGAGGAGCCUAAUGGAACGGAGAAUGACGAAGUGGCAGAGACUCGGUACACCUACACUUUGGCCGCGGAGGUAUCCUUCCUUUCGACGACCGUCGCUUCCGUAGCCUUCAUCAAACGUCCAGGACCGAUCGAUCCCAGUCAACCCAUCGCUACUCAAAUUCAAGUCACAAACUUUCCAGGUCUGUCGACCCUUGCCAAUGCACAAGCCCAGCAGGGUGCUUCAAUCUCCGCAUUCGAAAUUCUACAUUCCCUCGUCCACCAUACCCUCGGUCCCUAUUUCGAAGCGUACACACGAGGCCAAGAAGCUACAAAUGGUAUCAAGCAGAGGACGGAGACGGAAGCAAAGACUGGCGUUCCUGGAGCCAAGAAGCGCAUUGCGGAGUUGGACCUUGCGUUCCUGCAUCUUCAGCAGAAUGUGGAGAUUCCAACUUUGAAUCUUCCUCUCCACGAGAUCGUUCAAGCUGCUCUUGACGAGGCUGAGACGCGCGGUGUCAAGCCAUCCGUCGAUCUGAUCCCACCCGCCGCCCUCGAAAACAGUACGGUGCUCAACAGUAUCCAGAACAAUGUCAAUGGUUGGAUCAAGUCUAUUCAAACCAUCACAAAGAUGUCGCGAGAUGCAGACAGUGGCUCCGCCAACCAAGAAAUUAAUUUCUGGCUUUCCAUGGAAACAGCUUUGGAAGGAAUUGAAAAACAGUUGCGUGGAGAUGGAGUACAACUUACCAUGGAAAUUCUUCGACAUGCGAAACGUUACCAGGCAACCUUGAGUUUUGUGGCAGAUACCGGUCUUCGUGAAGCGAUGGAUACGGUACAGAAAUACAAUCAGUUGAUGCGAGAUUUUCCCUUGGACGAACUGUUGUCUGCAACGACGCUGCAAAAAGUGCAGGAAUCGCUCGGCAUGAUUUUCAACCAUUUGAACAGAAAGCUCAAAAUUUCGCCGUACCCUAUCAAAAGAGCCUUAGCCCUAGUGGAGGCUAUUUCAGGCGACUUGGAUUCUCAGAUCCACGCUCUACUACAUGGUCGAACAAUCAUGCAUCUUGACUAUCGAGAGUUCCGCUCAUUAAUGAAGACUUGCGGUGCAAUUUGGCGAACCUGGGACGAGAAUGUCAAGGAGUUCACCAACGUUGGACGUGAGGCCUCGCGCCGACGAAAUGAAAAGUUCAUUCCAAUCAAGAUCGUCCCACGACAUAUGAAAACACAAGAACGCCUGAAGUACAUCAACACUUUCCGUGUCAAUCACGAACAACUCCAGCGGACAAUCGUCAAUGUGCUUGGUCCUAAAUCUGCGGUCAAUGCGAAUGGCACGGAUGGUGCGAUUAUCGUGGAAGAGAUUGGCGAUGUUGAUGCUGUGGAGGAGGUCGCCCAAGCAUACGCAGCUUUGAAAGAUGUAGAUGUGCUUGAUGUCUCCGAAGAAGGCACACAGCAGUGGAUUCAAGCCGAAAUCACCUACAAUGAACGGACAUCGCGUGUUGAGAACUCUAUUAUUGCUCGCCUGAGAGACCGCCUUGCAACUGCAAAGAAUGCUAAUGAGAUGUUUCGUGUGUUUUCCAAAUUCAACGCUCUCCUCGUGCGACCUAAGAUUCGUGGUGCUAUUGGCGAGUACCAAACUACGCUCAUCGACAACGUGAAACGGGACAUCAAUGCCUUGCAUGAACGUUUCAAGCAACAGUAUGGCCAUUCCGAAGCCCAUGCCAUGGCCCAAUUACGGGACCUGCCACCCGUGUCUGGUGCCAUCGUCUGGGCUCGACAGAUCGAACGUCAGCUCAAUGGCUACAUGCGAAAAGUCGAAGACGUGCUUGGUGAAGACUGGCACCUCCACUCCGAAGGUCAAAAGCUGCAAGCAGAGAGCAACUUGUUUCGCAAGAAGCUCGACACAAAGCCAGUUUUCGAGUCAUGGCUCCACGAUGUCCAGCGGAGACACAUUACCAUCUCGGGUCGCUUGUUCAACAUCAUCCGAAACAGGGCCGCUGGCAAUUCUUUCGAGCUGACGGUCAAUUUCGAUGCCCAGAUCAUUGCUCUUUUCAAGGAAGUGAGGAAUUUGAUUUGGCUCAACUUUCAAGUUCCUCACGCAGUGAGCAGCAUUUCCAAGGAGGCUAAGCGUGUUUAUCCCUACGCAAUCAGUCUCAUGGAAACGGUUCGCACACUGUUGCAGACGACUCGUACUAUCGCUACAAUGACCGAGGUUGCUAUUUUGUUGAGCGGUUAUCAGAACGAUGCACAGGCUAUGAUUACGAAAGGUAUUCCUCUACGAUGGGAGUCCUUUGUCCACUCGUAUGAGCUCCAUGUAAAACAGUCGACAUUAUCCAACGGCACUCUUGAUCCUUCCAUUGCAGGAAGGGGAGAGAGCAAGCACGUCCAGUUCGUUCGUGAAUUUGCUGUAUCCGCCUCAGUCCUACAGUCAAAGACUGCAACCCUAGCUUCUAUAAACGAAAGUAUCCAAAAGACCAUACUGGAGCUCAAGACUUGUCCCUACGAUGCCGCAGUAUUUCGCCAGCGAUUGGACUCAAUUCAAAUCUCCGUUGAUAAGUUGAAUCUUGAGAAUUACGUGAAUCUUGGGCAUUGGGUGUCAAAUCUCAAUUUGAAAAUCGAAUCUAUCCUGCGCGAGCGGUUGCACCGAGCAAUUCGAACCUGGAUUGCAUCUUUCAAAGAAUCCAAGGAAGAACAGUAUGCCAAACAGCUAUCAAUCCAGUCAACCCAUGAGAAGGCAGCAAAUGACACACCUGAAGCGGAGAUAUACCACAUUCAAUUCCCUCAACUUGUUCACGAGGUUUCUAUGCGAAAUCAAGUCUUGCACCUUGACCCUCCUCUACAAUAUGCCCGUGCUAGUUGGCUGUCUCAUUUCGGCCAAUGGCUUGGAGUUAUCUGUAAUUUGGAGAAGAUCAAGUCUUCCAGGUACCAAAUUUCUAUCGACGUAGAGAAAACACAAUUAUCUGAAACUUCGUUUGUGAACCUUCCACAACACUGCAUUGAGGAGUUGGCCGAAGUCUAUGGAGCUGUUGAAUCCCGCCUUUCAGAAAUUUCCGGCUAUGUGGACAAAUGGCUCCAAUUCCAGUCUCUUUGGGAUUUGCAAGCCGAUCAAGUGUAUGAUAUCUUGGGUGAUGAUUUGUCUCAGUGGCUUCAACUACUUCAAGAAAUUCGCAAAAGUCGUGCCACUUUCGACACUUCCGAAGUCAGCCGAUCGUUUGGUAACAUCACCAUCGACUACGAACAAGUCCAGACUAGAGUCAAUGCCAAGUACGACCAGUGGCAGCACGAAAUACUACAGAAGUUUGGUUCUAAACUUGGUGGUCAUAUGCGUGAGGUGCAUUCCGAGAUUGCUAGCGCACGCCGAGAUCUCGAAGGCCAGACUCUCGAAGCCUCCUCAACCGCACAUGCUGUGUCUUUUAUCACCAUUGUUCAGCAAUGUAAACGCAAGGCUAGGGUUUGGGAACCUCAAGUGGAUCUCUUCAGACAAGGCCAAACCACUCUAGCGCGUCAGCGAUAUCAAUUUCCCACGGAUUGGCUUCAUGUAGAGAAUGUCGAUGGAGAGUGGGCUGCUCUUAAUGAGUUGCUUACCAGAAAGAGCAAGAUCGUCCACGACCAGACCGAAGCUUUGCGGGCUAAGAUUACAGCCGAGGAUAAGGUCAUUGGCGACAAGAUUAAGGAAAUAAUCGUUCAAUGGAACGACGAAAAGCCUGUAUCCGGUACCAUCCCUCCAGAAGAGGCUUCUCGCACGCUCAGCUCAUUCCAAACUCGCUUGGAAGGUCUUCAAUCUGAAUUUGAGAUGGUCUCGAAGGCCAAGGAAGCCUUGGAUUUACCAGCUAGCGCCGAAUCAUCGUUGCCUGCAAUCUUGGAAGAGGUUCAAGAUUUCAUGUCAGUAUGGGCUGCUUUAUCGACAAUCUGGAAGAGUUUGAAUGAUCUCCGUGAUAUGCUUUGGACUAGUGUUCAGACCAGAAAGCUUCGCCAAUCAAUCGACAACCUCAUCAAGAUGACCAAAGAAAUGCCAAGUCGUAUGCGACAAUAUGCCGCUUUCGAACAUAUCCAGAAUGUCCUGCGUCAGCAUCUGAAAAUCAACCCGUUGCUGUCUGAUCUAAAGUCUGAAGCAAUCAAAGAGAGGCACUGGCAGAAGAUCUUCAAGGCCUUGAAGCCUGGCCAACGCUUUUCCCAGGUCACUCUAACCCUAGGAGAUGUUUGGGAUUUGAAGCCCGCAGCUAGUGAGACUGUGAUCCGUGAUAUCAUCACUCAGGCUCAAGGUGAAAUGGCAUUGGAAGAGUUCUUGAAAAUGGUUCGCGAGACUUGGCAGAAUUAUUCGCUCGAUCUCGUCAAUUACCAGAACAAGUGUCGAUUGAUUCGUGGUUUUGACGACUUGUUUGCAAAAUGCAGUGAAAACCUCAACUCUUUGCAAGCAAUGAGACAUUCUCCUUACUUCAAAGAAUUUGAAGAAGAGGCCUCGACAUGGGAAGACAAACUUAACAGGGUCCACGUCUUGUUCGACGUGUGGAUUGAUGUUCAGCGACAAUGGGUCUAUCUUGAAGGUGUCUUUACGGGCAAUGCGGACAUUAAACAUCUCCUUCCUCUGGAAUCAGCGCGUUUCCAGAACAUCAAUUCCGAGUUCUUUGCUGUGAUGAAGAAGGUCUACAAAUCACCUUUUGUUCUUGAUGUUCUUGCAAUCAACGGUGUCCAAAAGUCUCUGGAAAGACUUGCGGAGUUACUCAAUAAGAUUCAAAAAGCUCUUGGUGAAUACCUUGAGCGCGAGCGUGUAUCUUUCCCUCGUUUCUACUUUGUUGGUGACGAGGAUCUUUUAGAAAUCAUUGGUAACAGCAAUGACACACUCCGGGUUGCCAAGCACUUCAAGAAGAUGUUUGCUGGUCUCUCUGGCCUUUUGAUGGAUGAUGAUAACAACAUUGUUGGUUUCACGUCCAAGGAAGGCGAAGAGGUCAGACUCAAACGCGAGGUCAAUCUCAUCAAGACUCCGCGAAUCAACGAUUGGCUCUCAGCCUUGGACAAUAAUAUGAAACUGACACUAGCCGAAUUACUCGCCGAAGCAGUCGAGCAAUUUGAGACCAUCUACCACACAAGCGAAGUUGACCAAACGGCUUUCAGCGACUAUCUCGCAAACUAUCCCGCCCAAAUCGUCGUGCUUGCCAGCCAGGUCGUGUGGACCAGCGCUGUUCAAAAGAGUUUGGAGAACGGUGGUGGUGAUCUCCAGAGUCUUUUCGAUGCUGAAGUGCGCAUUCUAGAAUUGCUUGCUGCUACUGUCCUCGGAGAACUUGAUGGAAUUACGAGAAAGAAGUGCGAACAUAUGAUCACCGAGUUUGUGCAUCAGCGUGAUUGUAUUGCAAAACUCAUGAAGUUUAAUGCAUCGACACCUACCCAUUACCUCUGGCUUCUACAAAUGCGCUACGUUUACAAGGACGAAGGCGAUUUCCUGCAGCGUCUCUACGUGCACAUGGCUAAUGCUAAGUUGGACUACGGUUUUGAAUACUUGGGUGUUCCGGAACGACUCGUCCGCACUCCAUUGACAGACCGUUGUUUCCUUACUUUGACACAGGCUCUCUGCCAAAGAUUGGGAGGUUCUCCCUAUGGACCGGCUGGUACGGGUAAGACGGAAUCUGUCAAAGCUCUUGGUCUCCAGCUCGGUCGAUUCACUUUGGUCUUUUGUUGUGAUGACACUUUUGACUUCCAGGCAAUGGGCCGUAUUUUCUUGGGUAUUUGUCAAGUUGGUGCUUGGGGUUGUUUUGAUGAAUUCAACCGUCUGGAAGAACGUAUUCUCUCUGCUGUUUCUCAGCAAAUUCAAAAUAUUCAGAUCGGAUUGCGCAAGGGUACCGAUGAUGACAAGGCCCAAAUCGAGCUUAUUGGCCGCCGUCUGCACGUCAACCAGAAUACUGGUAUUUUCAUCACAAUGAAUCCUGGAUAUGCUGGUCGUUCGAACCUUCCCGACAACUUGAAGAAGCUUUUCCGAAGUGUGGCAAUGUCCAAACCAGACAAGGAACUUAUUGCCGAAGUCAUGCUGUUCUCUCAAGGUUUCAAGCAAGCCAAGCCUUUGUCUAAGCAAACCGUUCCCUUCUUCGAUCAUUGUGCAAGUAGACUCACGAAACAGGCUCACUAUGAUUUUGGUCUGCGAGCUUUGAAGAGUGUAUUGGUUAGCUCUGGAGGCUUGAAACGUGCACGUCUCGCCAACUCCGAGGGAGAUCUGGGCCCUGAUGAGAUUAUCGAGCCUCAGAUCAUCGUACAAAGUCUUCGUGAGACCAUUGCUCCUAAGUUGAUCCGACAAGACGUGGAGACUAUGCUUGAUAUUCAGAUGGAAGAUUUCCCUGGCGUUGAGUAUGUGCCUGCCAACUACGAACAACUCACCCAAGCCAUCCGUGAUAUCGCCAAAGAAAAUCACUUCGUUGCUACUGAUACAUGGAUCACUAAGACAUUGCAACUUUAUCAGAUUCAGAGUAUCCACCAUGGUGUGAUGAUGGUUGGACGAUCUGGUUCUGGUAAAUCUGCCUCUUGGAAAGUGUUGCUUCAAGCCUUGCAACGUGUAGAAGGCGUCGAAGGUGUCUGCCACGUCAUUGAUUCCAAGGUCAUGUCGAAAGAAGCUCUAUACGGUAACCUCGAUAGCACAACCCGAGAAUGGACGGACGGUUUGUUCACUGGUAUACUGAGAAAGGUUGUUGAUAAUCUGCGUGGUGAAGACUCGAAACGACACUGGAUUGUGUUUGACGGUGAUGUUGACCCCGAAUGGGUUGAGAACUUGAACAGUGUGUUGGAUGACAACAAGCUUCUGACAUUACCCAAUGGUGAACGUCUAAACUUGCCACCCAAUGUUCGUAUCAUGUUUGAAGUUGAGACUCUGAAGUACGCUACUCUGGCUACUGUCAGUCGAUGUGGUAUGGUCUGGUUCAGCGAUGAUACCGUAACCCCGGAGAUGAUGAUCACAAACUACAUCGAGUCGUUGAAAACCAAGGUGUUCGAAGACUUGGACGAUGACUCGGUUCCUGCAGGUCAAGCAUCGGCCAAGACUCAAGCCGCUCAGGAUAUGGUUUCGGAUUUCCUCAAACAAUUCAUGCAAGGUGACGAUCUCAUUUACAAAGCGCUCGAAGAGGCUCGUGGAUACAACCACAUUAUGGAGUACACAACUAUCCGUGCCUUGAACACAUUGUUCAGUUUGCUUAACAAAGCUUGCCGUAAUGUGCUUGAGUACAACAUUCAGCACAUUGACUUCCCCCUUGACCCCGAGCAAGUCGAAUCAUACAUUUCCAAGAAGUUGCUUCUUGCACUUAUCUGGUCACUGACUGGUGACUGUCCUCUCAAUGACCGCAAGCGCUUCGGGGAGUACUUGGCCGCUUCUACAACUAUCGACUCACCUUUGCUUAGCGAUUCAUCUUCUCUUAUUGACUACGACGUGUCAUUGCCAAAGGUAGAAUGGAUCACUUGGCAGUCCCAAGUGCCUUCAGUCGAAAUCAACACCCAUUCCAUCACGCAGACAGAUGUCAUCAUUCCAACUCUGGAUACCGUUCGUCACGAAGAUGUGCUUUACUCAUGGCUCGCUGAGCACAAGCCUCUCCUUCUCUGUGGUCCUCCUGGAUCUGGUAAAACCAUGACUCUGUUUUCUGCUUUGCGAAAGCUACCCAACAUGGAGGUCGUUGGUCUCAACUUUUCCAGUGCAACCACCCCAGACCUUUUGAUCAAGACCUUUGAGCAGUACUGCGAGUACAAGAAGACCUUGAAUGGCGUGGUGAUGUCACCUAACCAGAUCGGACGUUGGCUGGUCGUUUUCUGCGAUGAAAUCAACUUGCCUGCUCCUGAUCGUUACGGCACGCAGCGUGCAAUCUCAUUCUUGCGUCAACUUGUGGAGCAAAACGGUUUCUGGAGAACUUCUGACAAGACAUGGGUUACCCUGGACCGCAUUCAGUUUGUUGGUGCUUGUAACCCUCCCACCGAUGCUGGACGUACCCCAAUGGGAGAACGAUUCUUGCGUCACGCCCCGUUGAUGAUGGUCGACUAUCCCGGUGAGCUCUCAUUGACUCAGAUCUAUGGUACUUUCAACUCCGCUAUUCUGAAAAUCAUUCCCACUUUGCGUGGAUACUCGGAGGCUCUCACGAAAGCAAUGGUUCAGUUCUAUCUGGAGUCACAAGCACGAUUUACACCAAAGAUUCAGCCACAUUAUGUCUAUUCUCCUCGUGAACUUACAAGAUGGGUACGUGGUGUCUACGAAGCCAUUAAGCCCCUGGAGAAUCUUUCCGUUGAAGGCCUUGUACGAAUCUGGGCCCACGAGGCUCUCCGCCUAUUCCAAGAUCGUCUCGUUGCUGAAGACGAGCGCAAAUGGACUGAUGAAUCCGUACGACGCAUUGCUCUGGAGCAUUUCCCAACUAUUGAUGAGGAACAGGCAUUGAAGGGACCUAUCCUAUUCUCCAACUGGUUGUCAAAGAACUAUGUGCCGGUUGAGCAAGAGCAACUCAGAGACUUCGUCAAGGCUCGUCUUAAGACGUUCUGCGAGGAAGAGGUUGAUGUUCCGUUGGUUCUUUUCAACGACGUUCUUGAACAUGCUUUGCGUAUUGAUCGUGUUUUCCGACAGCCCCAAGGCCAUUUGAUUCUCAUCGGUGUUAGUGGAAGUGGAAAGACCACUCUAUCAAGAUUCGUUGCGUGGAUGAAUGGUCUGAAAAUCUUCCAAAUCAAGGUCCAUGGCAAAUAUUCUUCGGAAGACUUUGAUGAGGACCUAAGAACCGUCCUCCGACGAGCUGGAUGCAAGGGUGAAAAGAUCUGUUUCAUCAUGGACGAAUCGAACGUGCUUGACUCUGGUUUCUUGGAGCGCAUGAACACAUUGCUUGCUAACGCCGAAGUACCAGGUCUCUUUGAGGGUGAUGAGUUUGCGUCUUUGAUGACAGCUUGUAAAGAAGGCGCACAGCGUCAAGGUCUCCUUCUCGAUUCUCAAGAAGAGCUUUACAAGUGGUUCACCCAACAGAUUGUCAAAAAUCUUCAUGUUGUGUUUACGAUGAAUCCUCCUGAAGACGGAUUAUCUUCCAAGGCCGCAACCAGUCCUGCUUUGUUCAAUCGUUGUGUGCUCAACUGGAUGGGUGAUUGGUCUGAUCAGGCUCUGUUCCAGGUUGGUUCAGAGCUCACGCAGUCUGUCGAUCUCGACAAACCCAACUUCACUGCUCCCGAUAGUAUUCCUGUGGCUUAUCGCGACCUGAACCUUCCUGCCUCUCACCGCGAAACUAUUAUCAACUCGAUGGUCUAUAUUCAUUACUCUCUGCAAAAGUUCAACCAGCGUCUACAGAAACAACAGGGCAGAACAACAUACCUUACGCCACGACAUUACCUUGAUUUCGUUGCUCAGUAUGUCAAACUGUUCAAUGAAAAGCGAGAGGAUCUGGAAGAACAGCAACGACACUUGAAUGUUGGUCUGGAGAAACUCAGAGAUACUGUCGACAAGGUUCGCGACCUUCGUGUCAGCCUUGCCGAGAAGAAGACACAACUGGAGGCGAAAGAUGCAGAAGCCAAUGAGAAGCUGCAGCGAAUGGUUGCUGACCAGCGAGAAGCUGAACAGAGAAAGACGGCAUCUCUUGAAAUUCAAGUUGCUCUGGAGAUACAAGAGAAGGAAGUCGCCGAGCGAAAGGAUGUUGUGUUGAACGAUUUGGCCCGAGCAGAGCCUGCCGUUCUGGAGGCCCAGAAGAGUGUCAGUAGCAUCAAGCGUCAACAUCUUACAGAAGUCCGAUCUAUGGGUAACCCUCCCGCAAGCGUUCGUCUUGCUCUAGAGGCUGUCUGUACCUUGCUUGGUCACAAGGUCGACAGCUGGAAGACCAUCCAGGGUAUUAUUCGUAAAGACGACUUCAUUGCCAGCAUUGUGAAUUAUGACAACGAGCGCCAGAUGACCCGCAAUCACCGGGUGAAGAUGAAGAAUGAGUUCUUGUCUAAGGAUGACUUUACCUACGAGCGAGUCAACCACGCCAGUAAAGCUUGUGGUCCUCUAGUACAAUGGGUCGAAGCGCAGGUCAACUAUUCCGAAAUCCUAGACAGGGUCGGUCCCCUCCGUGAAGAAGUGGACCAACUUGAGGAACAAGCACUUCAGACCAAGGCAGAAGCGCAAGCUAUUGAAAAUACUAUCCAAAGCCUUGAAAGCAGUAUUGCCACUUACAAGACAGAAUAUGCAGCCCUGAUCAGCGAAACGCAAGCUAUCAAGACUGAAAUGAGCCGUGUGCAAUUCAAGGUUGAUCGCAGUGUGCGACUUUUGGACAGUUUGGCUUCGGAGCGAGAGCGAUGGGAAGAGGGAAGCAAAUCGUUCGAGACCCAAAUCAGUACCCUUGUUGGUGACGUGCUUAUCGCUGCUGCUUUCCUCGCGUACGCUGGUCUGUAUGACCAACAAUUCCGUAAAGCGAUGGUGGAAGAUUGGGUCCAUCAAUUGGCACAGUCAGGAAUCACAUUCAAGCCGCACAACCCUGUCACCGAGUACCUUUCGAAUGCGGACGAACGUCUGGCCUGGCAGAGCAAUUCAUUGCCUGUUGAUGAUCUAUGCACUGAGAACGCUAUCAUUCUUAAGCGCUUCAACCGUUAUCCAUUAAUCAUCGACCCCUCGGGCCGUAUUACGGAAUUCUUGCAAAAGGAGAGCAAAGAGAGGAAACUUACAGUUACCAGUUUCUUGGACGAUUCAUUUGUUAAGCAGCUCGAGAGUGCCUUGCGUUUCGGAAACCCGAUCCUUAUCCAGGACGCAGAGCAUUUAGAUCCUAUCCUCAACCACGUUCUCAACAAGGAGUACCAAAAGACUGGAGGACGUGUCUUGAUUCAACUAGGCAAGCAGGAGAUCGAUUUCUCGCCUUCAUUCAAGCUAUUCUUGUCUACACGCGAUCCGUCUGCUACCUUCCCACCUGAUAUUUGCAGUCGAACCACAUUUGUCAAUUUCACGGUCACCCAAAGCAGUUUGCAGACACAGUCACUCAACGAUGUGUUGAAGGUGGAGCGUCCUGAUGUUGAUGAGCGACGUACGAAUCUCAUCAAGUUGCAAGGAGAGUUCAAGAUCCAUCUACGCCAACUGGAGAAACGUUUGCUGCAGGCCCUUAACGAGUCACGGGGUAAUAUUCUUGACGAUGACAACGUUAUCGAGACAUUGGAGACUCUUAAGAAGGAAGCCGCCGAGAUUACCAAGAAGAUGUCAGAGACAGAAGGUGUCAUGACAGAGGUCGACAAUAUCACUCUCCAGUACAACAUUAUUGCUCGAUCAUGCAGUGCUGUGUUUGCUGUUUUGGAGCAGCUUCAUCAUAUCAACCAUUUCUACCAAUUCUCGCUACAGUAUUUCGUGGACAUUUUCAACUCUGUUCUGCAUGGAAACAAGAAGCUUAUCAACGAGAAGGAACACGCUGCAAGAGUCCAAAUCAUUCUAAAGGACCUCUUUGUCACGGCUUAUCAGCGUACGAGUCUUGGAUUGCUACAAAAGGAUCGUAUUACGUUGGCUAUUUUGCUUGCUCAAGCUACCCCUUUCACCAUGGAUAGAAGUAUCAUCGACACUAUUCUCGAUGAGAGUGUGGAAGGAAUGGACUUGUCGACUACUUCAGAUCUCCGUGAGCAGACGAUGGCCAGGCUAUCUAAUAUGUCCUUAUUCAAAUCUCACAUUGCCAACAUUUCCGAAGAAGCCUGGACUACUUUCUUUACGGAGGAAUUGGCAGAGAACUUUGUGCCUACGGUAUGGGAUGAGAAUACGGACCCUCUUGAUCAACAACUUCGUUCUCUCCUACUUGUCAAGCUCUGUCGUAUGGACCGGUUCGUUCCUGUUGCAGAACGUUUUGUCGUAGCAGUCUUUGGCCGUGAAAUGUACGAAGAUAGCGGUGAUCUCAAGGACGUUGUUGAACAAGUUACAGCGACCACACCUGUGGCGCUCAGCUCCAGCCCCGGUUUCGAUGCGAGUUACAAAGUUGACGGAUUGGUGGAGCGAAUGCAUGCGACAUGCACGAACAUUGCCAUGGGCUCAAACGAAGGCCUCGAAAGCGCCGACAAAGCUAUCAGCAAUGCUGCUUCUGCGGGUACUUGGGUGUUGGUCAAAAACGUGCAUCUCGCGCCAGCCUGGUUGCAGAGUUUGGAGAAACGACUCGAGUCCCUCAAGCCUCACAAGGAUUUCCGACUUUUCUUGUCGAUGGAGACUAGUCUUAAGAUUCCUGUCAAUCUUCUCCGAGCAUCACGUGUGCUCAUGUUUGAGCAGCCGGCUGGUGUGCGCGCCAAUAUGAAAGACUCGCUCUCCUCUCUUUCGCUACGUGCUACGAAGGCUCCUGUGGAGAAAGCGCGAGUAUACUUGUUGCUUUCGUUCUUGCACGCUGUUGUCCAAGAACGUCUUCGCUACGCUCCUAAUCUUGGUUGGAAGGGUUUCUGGGAAUUUAAUGAUAGUGAUUAUGAAUGUUCUGCAUUUAUCAUCGACUCCUGGAUCGACUCGGUGGCCCAAGGACGGUCGAAUGUUGCACCUCAAAAACUGCCCUGGGACAUGAUUCGGACUCUCGUUACCGAAACAUAUGGUGGCAAAAUCGACGAUAGUGGAGAUUUCAUGCAACUGGAGAAACUUGUCAACAACUUCUUGACCCCCGCAGCAUUCGAGGAAGAACACAAACUAGUUUCUGGGGUUGAAAACGACGAAUGUUUAGCGCUACCGGGCACGACCAGCAUGCGUGACUUUACCGAAUGGGUUAACCGUCUGCCGGAGCGCGAGCCGCCCACGUACUUGGGUCUGCCCGCCAACGCUGAGAAGUUGCUGUUGGUCGGCCAUGGUAAAGCCAUGAUUUCGGACCUGUCGCGGGUGACUACGUUGUUGGAUGAGGGCGAGCAGUUGAUGGUGGAAGCUUAG